AUGGGUAUCAUACGCCGUCCUCUGCCACUUCCACCACCAUCCGGGCUUAGGAGACAUGCUUUUGCUUUGAUGUUGAUAUUUUUGCAACCUAUUCUCGUGGAAUCUAACUUGAACAUCGCAACGUUCACGGAUAAAAACUGCUGGAAUUUCCAGUCAUCAUUUGACGGGCCAAACGGAUGCCCAAACGGGACGUAUACAGAACUCGGACGCAGCGUCAACCAUAGUAGCUUCCAAAUUGUUAACCCCGCCGGCGGUUUGCCGGUAGUGGACACUUUUUUCUACCUAGCAUUCAAUCUUCCCCCUUCCUAUGGCCUACUACAUGACCUGGUAGUAGGUCAUCAGCGUUACUCUACUCGCAAUAUACACUAUCUCUCACUCUCACCGUAUAUCUUAAAGUAA